AAUACUUCUAUAAGGAAGUUGCCGAUGGAGUUGAGUAUCUUAUUAAAGUUGAAAUGUUUGAACUUGGAGAUGACAUUUAAUCUUGAGACAGUCCCUGAAAAACUAAUUUAUGGUUUUUCAAGGCUGCAAGUGUUGCGGAUGGGGUGGACUGGUUUUGACGCCAGUAGAGCGAUAAAUGGGAAUAUCAGCUUCAGCAGACUUGAGUGCUUGGAGUGCUUGAAAUAUUUGAAUGCCUUAACAAUAACUAUGUGUAAUGACUCUGCUCUUGAAGGUUUCUUAAGCUCUCACCGCUUACAGGGUUGUACAGAAGGAUUAUGCAUUGAUCGACGGAGGGAUGACUCUUUGUUUUCGCAGAAAACUUUAUGUUUACCACCUAUGAAGCGACUUCAGUAUCUGUCAUUGGAAUCCACAAGUAUGGAAGAAGUGAAGAUCGAGUGGGAAGAGGAAGGAAGAAAGAUACAGACACCGUAUGUCUUUCAAACCUCUGUGAUUGCAAGCAAAAGAAACUUCUACAACUUGUGGAUGGUCUACGUAUCUUCCUGCACAAAUUUAGAGGAUAUUACAUGGAUCAUUUGGGCCCCAAAUCUGAGAAAUCUCACUGUUUCUGACUGCCGUCGAAUGAAAGAAAUAAUUAAAUUGAAGAGUAUCCACAGGUUUGCAUUUUCCUUCCCAUGUUUGGAUGUAAUUGAAAUAGUUCAUUGUCCAAAGCUGAGGAAAAUCCCACUGAGCCGCAACAGCGCAAAAGGGCGUAGAAUCAUCAUUAGAGAAGCGCAACAGUGGUGGAAUGAGCUAGAAUGGGAGGAUGAGAGGAUGAAUCCGCACGGGGCACGUUUCUCCCGUCAUUCCAAAUUUUUUAAGAACUAGAAAUUUCCAAAAGAUAUUUUAAAUUUGCUUCAAAGGAGGGUGAAUCCACAGGGAACUCUACUUUUACUCUUCGCAGAUCUUGUUUGGUUUGUGGGUGUGUAAUUGAUGAAUAAAAAUUAUGACAGUGG